AUGGCGGACCGGGACUUUGAGAAGCAGCAGGAGGCUGUCGCCGGAGGCAGCCCCGACAAGAACACCACCACCACCGAGACCACACCCGCACCGAGAUCUUCAUCUUCGACUUCGACCGCCGCCGACGCCGAGCAGCAGAGAGAGGACGCCCGCGCCAACAACCCCGAUGGCUUCACCUCCAUUCACGCCGGUAUCUCGGUCCACCAGGCCGAGGCCGAGUUUGCAGAGCUCCAGCGCGAACUCUCUGGCAUGUCCCGCGCGAGCAGAGUGAACAGUCGCAACAGCCGUAGGAAGUCGGAGGAUGCCGAGAAGGCCGUCGCGAACGUCAACUCCGCCACCCCGUCUUCCGAGACGGACGGCGAGCAGUUUGACUUGGAAGGCGUCUUGCGCGGUGGCGUCGAGGCCGAGCGCCAGGCCGGUAUUAGACCCAAGCACAUCGGCGCCUACUGGGACGGGCUCACCGUCACGGGCAUGGGAGGUACCACCAACUACGUCCAGACAUUCCCCGACGCUUUCGUCAACUUCUUCGACUAUGUCACUCCCGUCAUGAACAUGCUGGGUCUGGGAAAGAAGGGCGUGGAGGCAACCCUGCUGGAUCACUUCAAGGGUGUGUGUAAGCCUGGUGAGAUGGUCCUGGUUUUGGGCAAGCCUGGUUCUGGCUGCACCACCUUCCUCAAGACCAUUGCCAACCAGCGCGCCGGCUUUACCAGUGUCACUGGUGACGUUCGCUACGGACCCUUCACCGCCGAUGAGUUCAAGAGGUAUCGCGGUGAGGCCGUGUACAACCAGGAGGACGACAUCCACCACUCGACCCUCACUGUCGAGCAGACCCUCGGCUUCGCCCUCGACACCAAGGUUCCUGCCAAGCGCCCUGCCGGCAUGUCCAAGAACGAGUUCAAGGAGCAGGUCAUCAGCACUCUCCUGAAGAUGUUCAACAUCGAGCACACCCGCCACACUGUCGUCGGCGACGCCUUCGUGAGAGGUGUGUCUGGUGGUGAGAGGAAGCGUGUGUCGAUCGCAGAGAUGAUGAUCACCAACGCCUGCGUCCUCUCUUGGGACAACAGUACUCGUGGUCUGGACGCCUCCACCGCGCUCGACUUCGUCAAGUCCCUCCGUGUCCAGACGAACCUCUACCAGACCACCACCUUCGUCUCCUUGUACCAGGCUUCGGAGAACAUCUACAACCUCUUCGACAAGGUCAUGGUUAUCGAUGCCGGAAAGCAGGUCUACCUCGGCCCCGCGAAGGAAGCUCGUGCCUACUUCGAGGGUCUCGGUUUUGCUCCCCGCCCCAGACAGACAACCCCCGACUACGUCACCGGCUGCACUGACGAGUUCGAGCGUGAAUACGCCGCUGGCCGCUCCGUCGAGAACGCUCCCCACAGCCCCGAGACUCUCGCCGAGGCUUUCAAGUCGUCCAAGUUCCAGAAGCAGCUCGACAGCGAGAUGGAGGAGUACAAGGCCCGCCUGGCCCAGGAGACCGAGAAGCACGAGGACUUCCAGGUCGCCGUCCGAGAGGCCAAGCGCGGCUCUUCCCACCGCUCUGUCUACGCCGUAGGUUUCCACCUCCAGGUCUGGGCUCUCAUGAAGCGCCAGUUCGUUCUCAAGCUCCAGGACCGUCUCGCCCUCGCUCUCUCUUGGCUCCGCUCCAUCGUCAUCGCAAUCGUUCUCGGUACCCUGUUCUUCCGCCUCGGUUCUACCUCCGCCAGUGCUUUCAGCAAGGGUGGUCUCAUGUUCAUCUCCCUCCUGUUCAACGCCUUCCAAGCCUUCUCCGAGUUAGCAGGCACGAUGACCGGUCGCGCUAUUGUUAACAAACACAAAGCGUACGCCUUCCAUCGUCCAUCAGCACUCUGGAUUGCUCAGAUCAUUGUCGAUCAGGCUUUCGCAGCAAGUCAGAUUUUGGUGUUUUCGGUCAUCGUCUACUUCAUGUCUGGUCUUGUUCGCGAAGCCGGCGCGUUCUUCACUUUCUACUUGAUGAUUCUGUCAGGAAACAUCGCCAUGACUCUGUUCUUCCGAUGUAUCGGCAUCAUCUCGCAGGACUUCGACUACGCCAUCAAGUUUGCAGUUGUCCUCAUCACAUUCUUUGUCGUUACCUCUGGCUACCUCAUCCAGUACCAGUCCGAGCACAAGUGGCUCCGAUGGAUUUACUGGAUCAACGCCCUUGGUCUCGCCUUCAGCGCCAUGAUGGAAAACGAGUUCUCUCGCCUCAAGCUCACCUGCUCUGAUGAGUCCUUGAUCCCCUCCGGUCCUGGUUACACCGACAUCAACCACCAAGUCUGCACCCUCGCCGGUUCUAUCUCGGGAACGACUCUCGUUGACGGCUCUGCUUACAUCGCCAACGCCUUUUCCUACUUCAAGGGUGAUCUCUGGCGUAACUGGGGCAUCAUCCUCGCUCUUAUCGUCUUCUUCCUAAUCAUGAACGUCACUCUCGGUGAGGUCAUCAACUUCGCGGGUGGCGGCAACAACGCAAAGGUCUACCAGAAGCCUAACGAGGAACGCAAGAAGCUCAACGAGGCUCUGGUACAGAAGAGGGAAGCCAAGCGCCGUGGAGACAACACCGACCAGGGUUCUGACCUGAAGAUCAACUCGGUCAGCGUGCUUACCUGGGAAAACCUUAACUACGACGUCCCUGUUCCCGGUGGUACCCGCCGUCUUUUGAACAAUGUCUUUGGAUACGUCAAGCCUGGCCAGCUCACCGCCCUCAUGGGAGCUUCCGGUGCCGGCAAGACCACCCUUCUCGACGUCCUUGCUUCCCGCAAGAACAUUGGUGUUAUUGGUGGCGACGUCCUUGUCGACGGCGUCAAGCCCGGCAAACAGUUCCAGCGCUCUACCUCCUACGCCGAACAGCUUGAUCUUCACGACCCGACCCAAACCGUUCGCGAGGCCCUCCGUUUCUCUGCUCUCCUCCGCCAACCCUUUGAGACGCCCGAGGCUGAACGCUUUGCUUAUGUCGAGGAGAUUAUUGCCCUGUUGGAAAUGGAACACAUUGCGGACUGUAUUAUUGGAACCCCUGAGUUCGGCCUGACCGUCGAACAGCGCAAGCGUGUCACCAUCGGCGUUGAGCUCGCAGCCAAGCCCGAACUCCUCCUCUUCCUCGAUGAGCCGACUUCUGGUCUCGACUCCCAGAGUGCCUUCAACAUCGUGCGAUUCCUCAAGAAGCUCGCCGCUGCUGGACAGGCCAUUCUCUGCACAAUCCACCAGCCCAACGCCGCUUUGUUUGAGAACUUCGAUCGCCUUCUUCUCCUCCAGCGUGGUGGUCGCACCGUCUACUUCGGUGACAUCGGCCAGGAUGCGGUCGUCCUUCGCGAUUAUCUCAAGCGCCACGGCGCCGUCGCUAAGCCCACCGACAACGUCGCCGAGUACAUGCUGGAAGCCGUCGGAGCCGGUUCAGCACCCCGUGUUGGCAACCGCGACUGGGCAGACAUCUGGGACGAUUCUGCAGAGCUUGCUAACGUCAAGGACACCAUCUCUCAGCUGAAGGAACAGCGCAUGGCCGCCGGUCGCACUGUCAACGCCGAUCUCGAGAAGGAGUACGCCUCGCCGCAGAUGCACCAGCUUAAGGUCGUUGUUCGCCGCAUGAACCUUUCGUUCUGGCGCAGCCCCAACUACUUGUUCACCCGUCUUUUCAACCACGUCAUCGUCGCCCUCAUCACCGGUUUGACCUAUCUCAACCUCGACGACAGCCGCAGCUCCCUGCAAUACAAGGUCUUCGUCAUGUUCCAGGUCACCGUCCUGCCCGCCCUCAUCAUCUCCCAGGUCGAGGUCAUGUUCCACAUCAAGCGUGCCCUCUUCUUCCGCGAGAGCUCCUCCAAGAUGUACAACCCCCUCACCUUCGCCGCGGCCAUCACCAUCGCAGAGCUUCCUUACUCCAUCAUGUGCUCCGUCGCCUUCUUCCUGCCCCUGUACUUCAUGCCGGGCUUCCAGAACGACCCUUCCCGCGCUGGUUACCAGUUCUUCAUGAUCCUCAUCACUGAGCUCUUCUCCGUCUCUCUGGGCCAGGCACUCGCCUCCCUCACACCCUCUCCCUUCAUCUCCUCCCAGUUCGACCCCUUCAUCAUGAUCACCUUCGCCCUCUUCUGUGGUGUCACCAUUCCCGCGCCGCAGAUGCCCGGCUUCUGGCGCGCGUGGCUGUACCAGCUCGACCCCUUCACGCGCCUCAUCGGUGGCAUGGUCGUCACGGCCCUGCACGACCUGAAGGUUGUUUGCGCUCAGUCUGAGUUCAACCCUUUCAAGGCCCCCGAUGGUCAGACGUGUGGAGAGUACAUGCAGCCCUUCUUCGAGCGGGGUGGCCCUGGUUACCUCGCCAACAAUAAUACGCAAGAUUGCCAAUACUGCGCCUACAAGGUUGGCGACGAGUUCUACACGCCUCUCGGCUUGAACUUUGACAACCGCUGGAGAGAUCUCGGUAUCUUCAUCGCGUUCGUGGGAAGCAACUUGAUCAUUCUCUUCGCUGCUAGCAAGUUCUUGAACUUCAACCGCAGAUAA